GAGUGAGUUCCGCGCGUCAUGGCCGCUGCGAGCUGCGCGAGGUUGCUGUCCCCGCGAUGCGUUCACGGACUCCGGCUGGGUUCCAGGGUUCUUCCAGCUCUGACCCGAGCGGCCCCGGUGCGCAGCCACAGGCUCGGCCCCGCGGAUGACGAGCUGUACCAGAGGACCUCAGUGACCGUGAUGCAGAAGGAGCCCGACGGGGCCGCCAUCAUCUACAGCUACAGCCCCCGAGGCUUCAACAUCAGCGGCAACCACGUGCUGGGCCCGUGUGCCCUGGUGCCGCCCGCCAUCCUGCAGUGGAACGUCGGCCAUCACACCGACAUCACAGCCGAGAGCUUGUCUCUGUUUCAUCUGCUGGAGCCGCCCAUCGAGAUCCUGGUUUUGGGGACGGGAGCUCGCACUGAACGCCUGGACCCGAGCGUGCUGGACUUCCUGAGGAAGAAGGGCAUCGCUGUGGAGGUGCAGGACACGCCGAACGCUUGUGCCACGUUCAACUUCCUGUCCAGCGAGAAACGAUUGGUAGCAGCCGGUCUGAUCCCACCCCCGCCCUCGAGUACCAGCCAAUGACAGCGUCUCCCUUGGUGAAAUCAUCUUUUGUGUCACGUGACCUCUGUAAAUGUCUUUAUGCUGAUGAAUGUAGAGUGAAUACAGAUUAAAGGUAUUAAACGCU